AUGGAAGAAAAGCAACGCCGAGACAUGGCUGACUUGGAAAGACAAAAUCAAGAGCGGGAAAGACAAAUAAGGGACGCCCACGAACGAGAAGCGAGAAGUAUCCGGGAAGCAGGCGAACAACAAAUGCGAGCCAUCCAAGCCCAAGUUCAGCAAAGCCAGCAGGAAACCGAAAGAUUGCGCCGUGAAUUAUCUGAAAAAAAUAAUUCUUCUAGUUCUGAAAUAGCGGCUUUAAUGGCACAAAUUCAAUUAGAAGGUCAAAAACAAGCAGAAGCAAGAGAGCAACAAAGACAAGAUUACGAAGCCCAAGAAAAGCGCAUAGAGGCAGAUAAAGAAAUAAAUGUAUUGCGUCUCCAAGCUGAGGAAGCAGCAAGGCAAAAAGAACAAGAGAGAAAAGAGCAGCGUCGUAGAGAGAAAGAUGAGCAAGAAGCAAGACGUCAAGAGUUGGAAGAGCGAAAGUUGGAACAAGCAAGGAAACAGCAAGAAUUAGCUGAGAAAGUUUAUGACCUUGAGACAGAGAUUGGAAUUGACAGGCUGGUCUUCCAAGACCAAAGAAAAGAAAAAAUCGCUGCGGCUAAAUCGGCAGGAAUAACCGAAGAACUUGAAGAAGCAGAAGCGAAUUUAAUAAUAACUGUUGCUGAGGAGGUGCUCCAUAAGUUUGCCAAAGAGGCAAAAGAAGAAGAUAUUCCUCCUGAACAUUGA